AUGAAUCCAUCACGCAAACUCCUCCGAAAAGACUCCAAUCUCUUUGUCAAGAAGCCAUUACCUCCAGACGAAGAUUUCGACAGCGCUAGCGAAACGACAAGCAUCCGCAACAAAGUGCCGACGAAUGGACGAAACUCGACAUCUUCUCAAACGUACGAAACGUUUGACUGCGAUUCCUCCGUCACCUCUUCCAAAUCACUAGAACGGCACAUGUCCCUCACAGAUCUAGUACUAGUGGGAAUUGGUUCUACAAUCGGCUCUGGGUUAUUUGUACUCUGUGGCUUGGUGGCAAAUCAAUAUGCUGGACCAGCUUCCAUUCUGAGUUGGGUCAUUAGUGGAAUCGCCGCCUUGGUCAGCGGAACGUGUUAUGCUGAACUGUCUUCCAGGAUACCGCUUUCUGGUUCUGCCUAUGCUUACACAUUUGUUGCCAUGGGAGAGUUGCCGGCAGUGAUUGCCGCUGCCUGUUUGUCCAUUGAAUAUGUUGCAGCCGCGUCUGCAGUCGCGCGGAGUUGGGGUGACAAAUUGCAACAGUGGCUUGUGGAUGAAGUUGGAAGCGAAAACUUCUUCAUCAAGCUAUUGGACAUUGACAAUUCGUUCAGUCCUCUCGCGUUCCUAGUCUCUUCCGUCUCGGUGAUUCUACUCAUGAAUGGCAUUGAAGGAAGCAAAAGUGUGACCAACUUUUUCACAAAGCUGAAAGUUUGCGUCGUUAUGUUUAUGAUUAUUGUUGGGUUGUCCUUGAUACGACCAGCCAACUUUACGCCGUUCAUACCUGAAUCCUUUGGUGCUACCGGAAUCUUUCGCGGAGCGACGGCUACCUUUUUUGGCUAUUUGGGAUAUGACGAGAUUGCUUGCCUUGGAGGUGAAGCGGAGAAUCCCAAGAAGAAUCUCCCAAAGGCCAUUUUCCUCACGCUUGGAUCGAUCACUUCGUUGUACAUUCUAGCCACGAUAGCACUGGUUGGAAUGCUCCCUUACGAUGAGAUUAGUGCUGUCAGUGGAUUUCCAGAAGCUUUCCGUUCCCGAGGAUCCGCGAAUGCUGCAGAGAUUGCGGCAUUGGGAGAAAUUAUUUGCUUGCCCAUUGUGGUACUCAUUACAGUCAUGGCACAACCUCGACUCCAAUACGCUUUGGCAAAAGAUGGACUAUUGCCACCAAUCUUUAGCGAGAUUGAUGAAAAGGGCAACCUGACGAAAGGAACACUGAUUUGCGGCAUUGUUAUGGUAUUGAUCGCAACCUUUAUUCCAUUCACACAUUUGAAUGAUAUGAUCUCAUGUGCUGUGCUGACAGCGUUGUCACUCACCGACACAUCGCUCAUCCUUCUUUGGUAUCCCAGUCCAAAAGAUCAGCCUGCACUUUCAGAAUCGGUUAUGACCACCUUCCAUGCUUCUGCCCUCCUGACCGGAAUUGCGCUGUCUCAUUUUGCAGCUUCUCUAAAUGGAAAGAUAUUCGGGGCCAUCUUCUUCCUUUCAAUGAUCGUGUGCAUGGUCAUUCUAGUAUGGCGAUGUCCAAGAGUGCAAACAUUUGGCAUUCGGCAUCCUCCCAGUCCAGCUACAGAUCAAAGCGAAUACUUUGUCACGCCAUUCAUGCCCAUGCUACCUUGUUUCGGAAUCUUUGUGAACUGGUAUCUCAUCAGCCAGCUGGAGCUAGCGGGGAUCAUGCUUCAUCUUGGAUUCUUGGCUCUGGCGGUAUUCUACUAUAUAUUUUAUGCAUUAGAACACAGCGUUGGCAAUAAUGGAGGAUGGGUAGAGCGCGCUCGAGUUGAAAGCAUCGCGUCAUUUGGAGCCAUAAGUCAGGAGGAAACAGAGCACUUUCAACACCUUUCAUGA